AUGUAUUUCACAGACGGACUGAGCGGGAUGGAUGUCCGAGCUGAUAACUAUUCUAGUUUAUCGUUGUUUUCUAGUAUUUAUGUUAAAAGGUUCACAGUUUCACCAACCAGAUAAUGUUUUAUUGAUAGUUGGAGCUCCAUUUUGAUGCUUAAUAAAAGGACCUUAACCGCCACGAACUGACACGUUCUGGGAGGCGCAACUGUUGGUUCCGGUUUCGGUUCGGAUCAUGCUGCUGACGACCUGCCGCCUGUCUAAAGUGCUGCAGCUCACCCUGGCGGUCAUCAAACCAGACGCUGUGGCUCAUCCUUUAAUACUGCAGGAACUUCACAAAGCAAUUCUGGACAACAAGUUUAUGAUUGUCAGAUGCAAAGACCUGGUGUGGAGAAGAUCUGACUCUGAGAGGUUUUAUGCUGAACAUUCAGGUCGAUUCUUCUAUCAAAGACUUGUUGAAUUCAUGUCAAGCGGCCCUAUGCGAGCGUAUAUUUUAGCCAGAGAGGACGCGAUACAUCACUGGAGGGAACAGAUGGGUCCAACCAAAGUGUUUCGAGCCAGAUACACGUCGCCCGCCUCCCUCAGGGGGCAGUUUGGCCUCACGGACACAAGAAACACAACUCAUGGCUCAGAUUCUCCUGAGUCAGCUCGCAGAGAAAUCAGUUUCUUCUUCCCCGAUUUCCACGUGGAGGAGUGGCUGGAGAGGGAGGAGCCGCUGUUCCGAUCAGGACAGAUCCGCUACGACCCCCAAAAACACAUCCACACACUUUUAUCACCAAGCUGACCCCAGAACAGCUCAUCCCCUGUUCUGCAACCUGAGGUCAUGGAGAUGAGGACGACGAGUUCAGUAGUGAGUGCCUGUUGUUUCAGGCCUUCCUUGAGCACGGUGCAUGGAAUAAUUUCAAACAGAAACCGUAAAUAAUUUAAUUUAUUUACAAAACACAUAUGCUGAUCAGAUUAAUCAACACAGUUCAGUUACAGCCUUGUCACACACACCUGCUCAGGUGUCGCCACAUUCAGAUUGUAGAACAGUUAGAACAUGUAUCGAUGUCAGACAGCGAGACGAACAAGUUGAAUAUUCAGCUACGAUGAAUAAAACAAAAACAACUUCACACGUGCUCAGAAGCAUCUUAAAAGCAUUUUCAUAUUUGGAACACCCUGUCUGCUGCAAAGAUGUUUUUUUAUUUUUAUCCUAACAGAGAAAUGUUAAAUCUUCUGUUUUCAAUUUUAACGAAUGUUUUAAAUGUGAAUCUUCUAUUUUAUAAUGCUUGAAUACAAUAAAAUACGUAAAACCUUCCAGUUAAACACAACCUUUGUUUA